CUGGCCUCGCUGGUAACGCAGUUCGUCCGGGGACCGGAGCUGGAGGCAGUUCGGGCCGGAGUUCGUUACUUACUGCCAAUCUCCGCACAGCACGAUAAACUCUUAGAUGAUCUGGUCGUCCUUGAUGAGGACUUGUGUUCCCUUCUUCGUCAGGCUGCCAGGGACUUACUGAAUUCAGCGUCCUUCGAUGUUGAAGAAGAGUUCGAGGUGCUAGCCUCCCAUCUGGAUCGAGCACUGCAGUUUGCCGAAGUAAGCUUGACAAAGUUACCCUCAGGGGUAGUCCACGACUCCCCUACAUCACCAGUUGAGACGAUUGAGCUUCCUGUGCCCUCCUUUGUCCCUUUCUAG